CUGUAUCAGCAUUGUAGAGGAAGUAUUAUUCUUCCGGUGCUGGAGAGAGAAUAUAUACUUCCCAUCAAAGCCUCCACUCAUCUCCAACUUGCCUUCUUGACAGGAAUAUACACCAUGACUAUCAGAUUAGAGCAGUUUUCCUAUACCUGGGCUUUCCUAGCGCUAAGCGUCAUCUACGCUCUAGUCACCCUUUUGCGCUUUGGGCGUCGAGAGAAGCAUCUCCCUCCAGGUCCGCCCACCUAUCCAAUUAUCGGAAAUGCGCAUCUCGUCGUUACCAAGGAUCUUUACAAGAAGUUCAAGGAUUGGAGCGAACAGUAUGGAGAAGUGUAUUCUCUCAAGAUCGGGAAAGGCACAAUGAUAGUGCUGAAUAGUAGACGCGCAGUCUACGACCUGAUUGAUAAACGAAGCGCAAUAUACUCAUCGAGACCGGACGACGAGCAGUUCCGUAAUACUAUGCGGAACGAAAACAUUGCCAACAUGGAGGCAGACGCCAAUUGGAGAAUCCAACGCAAAGUAACUGCGCGUUUUUUGGCACCCUCAAUUCUGGAUGGGGCAUUGGGGAAAAUUUCAGAAGCAGAGGUUACUACGCUGUUGUACGAUUUACUUGUGAGCCCGGAGAAUUUUGUCAAGCACAUUAAUAGAUCGACUGCUUCCUUCUCCGCUAUUACGCUGUAUGGGCAACGUGCGACACAUCACGAUGGGUUUUGGGCAACGGGCGUCUAUGAAGCUAUGGAAGCGAUCAAUCGCGCCUUGACUCCAGGUUCAUAUUUGCCAUCAGAGCAAUUCCCGAUUUUUAAAUUGAUACCCAAGUCAUGGAAUCCCGCAAGCAUUCGUGCAGAGGAAGGAUUCAGCAUACCGACUGGUAUAUGGACAGAAGCCCGAAAGCGCGUCGAAUCGCGGCGCAACCAGGGCGACAAGCGAGAAUCACUCAUGGACGCGUUACUUGAUGGAACUAUGAUGUUGGAAGGUCAUGAUCACGGUACAAAGCUUGCCAACUUUGUAGGAGCUCUCAUGCAAGGCGCUGCUGAUACUACUGCUAUCAUCAUGCGUACACAAAUCAUGUUCCUUGCCACCCAUCCAUGGGUUCAAGAUAAGGCUCAGAAGGAAAUCGAUGCGCUCUGCGGCGUGGAUAAGAUACCUACCUUUGCUGAUUUCGAAGAUCUCCCUUACAUCAAUUGUAUCAUAAAAGAAGGUCUCCGAAUUCGGCCAGUUGUUCCUACCGGUAUACCUCAUCGCUGCAUCCAAGACAAUUGGUACGAGGGCAUGCUGAUUCCCAAAGGCGCCACCAUAAUGAUCCCACAUUGGGCUCUAGGUCACUCCCAGUACGAUGACGCGGACACGUAUAAUCCUGAUCGCUACCUCAAUCAUCCCAGUCUGGCGAUCGAUUAUGCGGCGAGUUCGGAUUACCAAAACCGGGAUCACUAUGCUUAUGGUGCUGGGCGUCGCAUCUGCGCUGGCAUUCAGCUCGCUGAGCGCAAAACGAUAGACAUUGACAAGGAGGCAUUCGAGGAAAGUCUUUUAGCUGGACCCGAGCCAUACCAAGUCAAGUUCACACCGAGAAGCGAACGCCAUGUGGAAGUGAUCAAGAAGGAGCUGGAGAAUGUGGGUGAGCUCUUGAAAAAGUGGGAGUAA